GCGAAGAGUAUCUGGCCCACGGGCUCCGUCGGAGUAUCCCUUUUCGUAACAAGGCCUAGCGGUUGAUCAUUUUCUCCGCCGCCGCCAGCGACCCCGUUUUCACAGAACCUACAAUAUCUUUGGUCUUGGUAGUAGCUCUCCCCGCAUCUCAACACUAACGAGUCGUAAGAGUAAGACUACGGCUGGUGCUACAGUAUCCCUUGAACCUCUCUCGAUUGAUCCCACUAGUCUGGGAUCUAGUCUCGAAGAGGGCAUUCCCCGCGGGGAAGAUCUGGGGUCUGGAACUCCCCCGGAGUACAGUGGACCGUUGGACUAUAUAUGGACAGUCCUCUACUUGAGAUGUCAUCGUAACUAUUUAAUCAAUUAAAGCCUCUUGUCCUGGGUUAUCUAUCCCAUCAGACAAACUUCACUCUCUCAAGUUUCUCUGAUUGCCCAGAUCACUCUUCUAUCAACAUGACAUCCAAAAGCUCAGAGAAGCCAACCGUCGUUCAUGACCCGGAACCGAUCGAUGUCUUUACCAAAGAGUCACUGGGCAUAGAUAUCCAAGUCUACGAGACCAAGUUUGCAUCCCUCGGACGAUGGGCUGUCGUCAAGACCUUUUGGAAAGCUCUCCUUUUCUGCAUGAUCUUGAACUGGGCAGCCUUGAAUGAUGGAUUCCAGCAACAGAUCCCCGGUAACGUCAUCCCGAUGCAAGCGUUCAUCAACACCAUGGCCGAUACCACGAUCAAUGGCAAGCCGGCUGUCAGCGCUCGGGUCGUCUCCUACUGGCAGGGUUUCGCUGAGAUGUCCAAGACCCUCGGCAUGUUCACUGGCGGUUACUUUGCCGACAAGUUUGGUAGAAAAACAGCUCUCUGCGGUGCGAUCGUUAUACUUCUUGGAGGUUCCAUCGCCGAGAUUACAGCGUCUGGCUGGAAGAGUUGGCUCGGAGCUGCCGUUCUCGUUCGGGCUGGUGUCGGACUUGCACAGUCGAUCCUCGUCACAUAUGUCUCGGAGCUUGCGCCUUUUCAGAUUCGAGGUCUAAUGAUUGGUGCUUAUCAGCUCUGCCUCGGUAUCGGACAGCUCAUAAGCGCUAUCGCGACACAACUCAUUACUAUUCAUCAGCCGACCAAGUGGAGACCUCUGAUUGCCACUGAGUUCAUUUUCACUGGGCUUCUUAUCUUGAUGGUAUGGCUCGUUCCCGAAUCCCAUAUCUACUACGCUCGCAAGGGAGAGGGUGACAAGGCCAAGAAGUCCAUGCUCACACUCUACGGUAACAUUGACGGCUACGAUGUGGAACAUGAGUAUCGCGUCAUCCAGCAUGGUAUUGAAGCUGAGCGACAGCUUCAUCUCGAGUCCAAGUCCUCGUCCUUCUUUGAGAUCUUCGACAAGCAUAACUGGCGCAGAACCUUGGCUGGAUGCAUGGGUAUUUGCAGUCAAUGGGCUGCAGGAGCGCCAAUUGUGUUUUCCUACUCGACGUAUUUCUUCGCAGUUGCCGGCCUGAAGGAUCCCUUCCUUGUCACAAUUAUUACUGGAUGUUUUUCCAUGAUGCUUUUCAACGUCGGCCUUGGAACUACUGGAUUUUUUAAGAACCCUGCCUCCGAUAAGGCGGCCUUGGGCUGUCUUCUCCUCUGGGUCAUUGCCUACGGCUGCUCGGCCGGACCUAUUGGUUUCGUCGCAGCUGGCGAAACCUCUACACCACGACUGAGAGCCCAAACAACGUCUUUCAAUUUGGGCUGCUAUGGUAUUGGAUUUGUUGUGUUCCAAUGGACAGUGUCUUACAUGAUCAGCCCGGAUGCUGGUAACCUUGGUGUCAAGGCUGUGUUUGUCUGGGCUGGAUUGUUGGUACCUACUACUAUCCUUCUUUGGUUCUUCUACCCUGAGACCUAUGGUCGAAGUUACUGGGAGCUCGACGAGCUUUAUGCACGAAACAUUCCUGCUUGGCGAUUCAAGAAUACUCAAACUCUCGUUGAUGAGAGUGGCGGCAAGAAUCGAGCUCUUAUGUCUGGUCGAAAUGGCAAUACCACGGAUUAG